GUCUAAAAUUGCAUUGUAUGGCAGGAACCAUGCGUAUGCUUCGCACUUUUAGUUGCCGACGGUGCAGCGACUAAGAGGUUGUCGUCCCAACUGGUGCCAUUUGGAGAGCUUCUCUUAGGGCUAUUCGCCCGGUUCCGACCUCCAGACCACCACAUGGGCUGAUUAGCUUCUUUUUCCCACGAGGCAGCAGCCUUUUCUUGGUCUUCUUGUCUUAUCAGGGGCAAAGAAGAAGGACCCGGGACCCAGGAACAGGACUAUAUAGAGGUAGUGGGCGACCAGCUCUUCUGCGACUUCUCUGUCAGCCCGCUCAGUUCAUUCCCGUCCGGUGACUGCUGCUAUCAUGAAGUUCUCCCUCCUGUCCACUGCGGCUGUGGCUGCUUUGGCUGCUUCGCCUGCCGCUGCCAUCCUCGGCACCCCCGAUGCCGUGGAUAAGCUCUCCAGCAAAGCUCUGGCCACUAAGUUGGCCUAUGAGGCCGCUCAUGGCUCCAACUCGACCUGCAACAUCAAAAAUGCGGCAGUUCGUCGCGAGUGGUCCUCUUUGGCACCCGCCGAUCGGAAGAAGUAUACCGAUGCGGUGCUGUGCUUGAUGAGCAAGCCCCCAAAGUCCGAUCCCAGCUUUGCUCCUGGUGCCCGUAACCGUUUCGAUGAUUUCGUCGCGGUGCACAUCAACCAAACCUUGUGGAUCCAUGGCACAGGUAACUUUCUCACCUGGCACCGGCUGUUCACCUGGGCCUACGAGACCGCUCUGCGCGACGAGUGUGGCUACGAUGGGUACCAGCCCUACUGGGCCUGGAACAAAUAUGUGAACAACCCGAUCAACUCGCCGCUCUUCGAUGGCACCGAGUACAGUAUGUCUGGUAACGGCGACUAUGUCGCUCACAACGGCACCCCGGCCACUGCCUACACCACGCUUCCCCCGGGUGUGGGCGGCGGCUGUGUUACCAACGGUCCUUUCGCCAACAUGACCGUCAACCUCGGCCCCGUCGACCCCACCCUGCAGAUCCCCGGCCUGGUGGCCCAGAACGGCACCGGACUGGACUACAACCCGCGCUGUCUGCGCCGCGACAUCUCGCCGGUGGCCGCGCAAGGCUGGACCAAGACCAGUGACGUGAUGGAUCUGAUCCAGAACUGCGACGACAUCUCGUGCUUCGAGUGGACCAUGCAAGGGUUCUUCGAGGAAGGGUUCUUGGGCGUGCACACGGCCGGUCACUUCACCAUCGGCGGUGACCCGGGAGGUGACCUCUACGCCUCCCCCGGUGACCCGGCCUUCUACGUCCACCACGGCAUGAUCGACCGCGUCUUCUGGAUCUGGCAGAACCUGAAUCCGGCCAACCGCACCUACGUGGUCAAGGGCCCCGACUUCCUCGACGGGCUGAUCCCCGGCCCCAACACCACCAUCCACGACACCCUCUGGAUGGGCAACCUCACCGCCUCGCGCGAGAUCUAUGAUAUCCUGGACACGACGGCUGGAACUCCCUUGUGUUAUAUCUAUUUGUAGAUUAGAAUGUGACAUUGCUCGUGUCUGGAUCACGGGCGGUG